AAAAAGACCCUAGAAUUAGUCCAAGCGGAUCUCCAUUGUAGGGUUUUACGAAGAGGAAACCAGGGUUUUCCCGCAGGGAGAUGGAUAGCUCCAGCUUGGAUCAAACUCUGCAAGAGGGCAAACUCUUCAGACAGGUCAAUUCGCUAAUUGUUGCUCAUCUUCGCGACAACAAUCUGACUCAGGCUGCAAGUGCUGUUGCUUCCGCAACUAUGACACCACUAAAUGUGGAAGCCCCGCCUAAUAAACUUCUUGAGCUGGUUGCUAAGGGUCUUGCAGCGGAAAAGUUCGAGGCUUUAAGAGAGACUACAUCAAAUUCAUUCUAUGAUCUGGGUGCAGCAGUUUCUGUUCCUCUCGGGCGCGCUGGUGUUGUUGAUUUCAGUGUGCAAGAUAUGAAAGGCUCAUCGAAGAGCUUUCCUAAGCAUGAGACACGACACCUUUCAGAACAUAAGAAUAUUGCCAGAUGUGCUAGGUUUAGUCCUGAUGGAAGGUUUGUUGCUACUGGAAGUGCAGAUGCAUCAAUAAAGCUAUUUGAGGUUGCAAAGAUUAAGCAAAUGCUGCUGCCAGAUGCCAAAGAUGGACCUGUUCGACCUGUCAUACGAACAUUUUAUGACCAUACACAGCCAAUAAAUGAUUUGGAUUUUCAUCCUCAAUGUUCCAUCCUUAUUUCUGGGGCUAAAGACCAGACAAUAAAGUUUUUUGAUAUCUCAAAAACCAAUGCAAAGAGAGCAUACAGGGUUAUCCAGGACACACAUAAUGUGCGCUGUGUCUCUUUUCAUCCCUCUGGGGAUUUUCUUUUGGCAGGAACUGAUCAUCCAAUUCCGCAUUUGUAUGAUAUCAAUACCUUUAAGUGUUUUUUACCCUCAAAUGUCCCAGAUAUUGGCAUCAAUGGAGCCAUAAACCAGAUCAGAUAUUCUUGUACUGGAGGCAUGUAUGUUACAGCAUCUAAAGAUGGUGCCAUUCGAUUGUGGGAUGGCAUCACUGCCAAUUGUGUGCGCUCAAUAAUUGGAGCACAUGGAACAGCAGAAGCUACCAGUGCAAAUUUUACUAAAGAUCAAAGGUUUGUGCUUUCUUGCGGGAAGGAUUCUACCAUAAAGCUUUGGGAAGUUAGCUCUGGAAGAUUGGUUAAACAAUAUCUUGGAGCCACACAUACUCAAUUAAGAUGCCAGGCCAUUUUUGAUGACACAGAAGAAUUUGUUCUCUCAAUAGAUGAAUUAAGCAACGAGAUUGUUAUAUGGGAUGCGAUGACAACAGAACAAGUGGCCAAGUGGCCUUCUAAUCACGCUGGCGCACCCCGCUGGCUUGAACACUCACCGGUGGAACCUGCUUUUGUUUCUUGUGGAACAGAUAGGUCAAUUCGGUAUUGGAAGGAAAUUGCAUGAUAAUGCGGCUUGGUUAAGGUUUUACACACAGACUGGGCGAAAACUAGCUACAAGAAACAUUUCAUGUAUAAUGAAGGAAUUUCUCCUCAUCGCUCAGCUUGCUGAAUCGGUUAAUUCAUCUCCCUUUUCCUUCUAUCUCCUUCCCAGUUUUAGUCCGCGGUUCCUCUGAAGUAGGGUAGACUCCCAAAUACUGGUCUAAUAAUGCUUAUUGGUCUCAUCUGCUAAAGGCUGCUACUCUUAGAUUAGACUUAUAUGCGACUACCGAGGAUGGGAAUUGCAAACCUCAAAACCAGAAUCAACACGAAAGAGCAGGCUAAUUUGUGUA